AUGACGCAAGCUGCUUCAUUCUCGGACAAAACAAGUCCUAUGAACCCUCUUAUGCCUCGUAACCUGCGGCGGCAAAUAGACGGGGUCACAAACGAUGCUCCUAUGGCUAACCCAUUUACCGCUCUCAGUUUUUUGCCUGACUCAGUGAGACUACCUGCUGAAAUUGAAGCCUCUUAUCUCAAUCUCCUCGUUCUGAAUUCACACAUUCUCUCCCCUUUUGCGAGACAACUUCUGCUUGGCAAUCGUAACGUCCCCAACCUGAAUCCCAAAAGGCCCAUUGUCCCACCUCCUCAACCAGUCCUCCCCAACUACUCUACUCAGUCAGGAGUCGCUGCCACCGCCUUUCCCCUACCAAAGCCUCACGAAAUCGAAGAGACCGGAGAACUCGUCUAUAGCAUCGUUGAAGGCGAGAAGGUGAUGGGUUUCAACGUCUGGGGCGAAGUUCGCCUCUGUCUGCCGCAUCUGUUGCGGUUUGUGCUCAAUGAUGUGGACAUAGAUGAGAUUGGACAGGCUAUCUCGAAGUUACGCAUCGCCUGCACCAAGUGCUCCCCUCGGCAGUUGGCCACGUUGCACGGGUGUAACGCCCUCCCAAGCGAGGUCACGUCCUGCGGUCUGAUUCGAAAGAGCGAUGCCGAACGAAUGCUCAAGUUCCUUCGAUCAGCUCGACAGAGACCCACCUUGGCCGACGCAUGCCCUAAUGCCGACACAACCGAUGGGAAGUCGUUCGUUUCGGAGCGUUCGGAGCCCCGAAGGCAGGAGGGGGAAAGAGAGGCUCUUCUUGGGACAUUUAUUGAUGUGCGGCAUGAUUGUUUCGGUAGGCAACGGGGUCGUGUUUACCCGAAUCUAUACACCUCUGCCACAUCGCCAUGCAUUCUAUGCCGGACAUGUGAUAAACUCUUCUCACCCCAGGAUUUUGUUGGACAUACUCACUCUGUAAAUGAGUCAGAUAGCUGCUGUCACUGGGGUUUCGAUUCGACCAAUUGGAGGUCUUAUUUACAACUAGACAUCGACUCCAUUAGCCGACAGAAAAAAAUUAAACGCGAAAGUGGCGAUGUCGGGGAGGUUGAAAAUCCUGAUGUUCGCACAUAUCGGGCUUUGAAGGAUUUCAAGGUCAAGUUUCUCAAGUGGCUUCAUAGAGGGAAUAGCAUCCUAUUCCUUUUGCAGCCCCUCAAACUACCGAAUGAAAUUGUAAAGAUGCUCUCCAAGCUUGAAGGAAACAGUGGCGAUUAUAAGUGCAAGUCUUCGAGUGAGCCCCAGCCUCUGGAUUGUUCCACAACCAAACCCCCGACCAUCCCCCCGUCCACAACUGGACACGACGUCCUCCGAACAGCCACCAUGGCGGGUCGACAGACUCCCGACGACGCGCUCCUCGAGGUUCGAUUGCGUCCCAACCUCAGAAUCCGCCGACUCUGGGCGCCACAUCAGGGUCAACUGCGCAUUCCCAAUCCCCCCAAACUCAUCGCCAACUGUCCACGAGGUCCGAAACCCCGCAACCUGUCUUCGGGUCCGCCCGUCCUUUUGGAUCCGAGCUGCAUUGUUACCAAAGAUUCCGCCCAACUUUACGGUCGUGAUUUCAUUCCAAACGUCUGCUUGAAACCCGUGGCAACGCCGGCUUCGGCAGCGUCCAGCGGACAGCAGCUCUCCAGAAGCCUCCCCAGUGUCCCCUCCAACGAAGAUCUUGUUUCCUCAGCGGCGGAGAAGCGUUUAUCCGAAGCUGAUCUCUUCUCGGAUUUGAAGCCCCCUGGUGGACACUUGAGCCGACUAGUCGUUCGCGGAUCGGCCAUGCAGUUGUCUACGGACUCCGGUCUCUUCCAGCAGUCGAGUCAUGGACUUAAUUCAAUCGAUAGUUCACCCGCAAGAGCCCGCCACUCGAGCUGUGUGCACGACACCACGGCGCUGAAUCUUCUAGCCCCCAUUAAUUUUCACAAGCGUUGUGCCACGGAGGAAGUGCUGAGGUGCCCCUCCGUCGACUCCGCUUCCGUCCCCUUCCGAUCACAAAUCAACCGCACCACCUCCGACCCUGAGCUCAACUUCUCGACAACCCGGUCGGGCACUAAAAGGGGACGGACGGGUUCCUGGUCUCUGACACCUUCCUCCUCCAGCACUUCUCCCUCUCGCCGAAAGCGUCUGUUGGAGUCGUCAACGGCGGCAUCGGCUAGGGAGGACCACGACCAUACAGCCAGUAGGUUGAUUUUACCUGUUUUUUUUUUCAAACCGAAAAGAAACAACAUUUGCAGGCCUAAUGAGCAUGUGUGCCAACGGUCGGAUGAAACCAAGCGCCAUCAAAAGCCACAGGAAGCCCCUCAGCAGUUCUUCUGGUCCCCGCCCGACUCGCUGCCUGGCCAAAUCACCCCCGAAAUGCUCCUGAACUUGGCGACAGACGCCAAUCCCCGCAUCCCCAAUAUCGCCUCCCAUUGGGUGAGUAUGCUGGAGCGCAUCGACCAGUUCUGCACUUCCGUUGCCCCCUCAGACGACUCCGCGAAGCACCACUUUGACGCUGAACGUCAAAAGCUGAUGAUGGACCUCAAUGUUCUUCGGGAGAAGAAUUUCGCGGACCUCUCAGUGGUGCUUAAGGACAACAAGAAGCUGUGGAAGGUGAGUUUACUUGGUGGUGCUCUUUUGUCGGCAGAUUCGUUCCUUUGCUCCACGCCUGGCUUGAUUAGCAACUUCCCCGCAUGGUGUCCAAUGCUCGGGGCUCGUAACUGCGUUGCAUCCUACUGUGUGCGCUCCAGUGCGGCCGCGCCAGCUACGCCGCCGCCGGCUGCGCACACACGCACGCACGCCGCGUCGUGCCGCCGAGUUGAACGUCACUCAUGCGUGCGUACAAUCGCGCAACUGGAAAAAAUCGAUACUCAUAGUCUGCGCCGCUGCUUCUUCCAUCGCUUACUAACGAACGCUCUCCUGCUGACCGGCACCUCCCCGCCCCUCACCCCAAAUACCCUCGCUCCCCCCUUCGGCGUGAUUCCCGGAGUGACGGAUGUCGAUCAAAUAACCCGGAUGAUUAAUCUUUUCAAUGGACUAAAGUCGAAGUUCUCUUUGCCUGAAAACUUCCGACAAUCUGCUCCAAUGGAGAACGUGGAGUUGCAGUCAAACGACAGGACGCGCCUGCUUUGGCCCACGCCCAGCGCGAGCUACCGGUCGGCGACCCCAGAAAUGCUGCCCACCGCGCGCACGGCCGCCUCCACGGCAACCACAAACGGCUCGGACAGUCCUCCGACAAGCAAUGACUUUAUGCCACCCUCCAAGCGCCAACGGCUAUUUCGACAUUCCUAUUUAGCCAGUAGUAACUUUAAUGCGUGA